UUUUAUUCAUUCUUCCCAAGAAUAUGAAUUGGAGCAUGACGUACGUUUCUGGUUUCCAGUUUUACUUAUUUCCUAAUUAAACAAAAUUAUAGUGCUUUAAUCUCAAUUAACACUAAUCAUACUUAGUCAAAAAUACAAAACAAAAAGUGGCGAGUGCAAAGCAGUGGUGAUCGGAGCACAAAAUGAAUGUCAACAGUACUAAGCAAUGGCAGCUCUCUCAAUUUCAUCACCAGACCAAAUCCCAUGUUUCAAAAUCUCAGUUCUUUAAUCGAAAUUGUUCUUUAAACCCUUCAGAAUUUCGUUAUGUGGGUAUUUCACUUCAAUUUAAACCCAAUUCUCAAUUGGUUGGGUGUUCAAGAUUUUUGGUGAACAGAUGCUUAUCAGAGAAUUUAUCGGAUUCUUUUGAUCAGGAUUUGAGUCCAAAUACUGCAAACCAACACAAUAAGAUUGUUGUGCAGGAGUUUUCUAUUGUUAAUAUCCUGAAGCAAGCAAAUUCCCUACUGCCUCAUGUGGUACUUGCCAGUACGCUGUUGGCUCUCUUUUAUCCUCCCUCUUUCACAUGGUUUACCACCAGGUACUAUGCCCCUGCGUUAGGGUUUUUGAUGUUUGCAGUCGGGGUCAAUUCCAGCGAAAAGGAUUUUGUAGAAGCAUUCAAGAAACCAGCAGCUCUGGUAGCUGGCUAUGUUGGCCAAUUUGUUGUAAAGCCUAUCCUUGGGUACAUCUUUGGCAUAAGUGCUGUAUCAGUGUUUGGUCUCCCAACUCCUAUAGGUGCUGGGAUUAUGUUAGUAUCAUGUGUAAGUGGGGCCCAGCUUUCGAAUUAUGCUACUUUUCUUACUGAUCCAGCUAUGGCUCCUUUAAGUAUUGUCAUGACCUCACUGUCUACUGCCACCGCUGUGUUUGUUACCCCUUCGUUAUCACUCUUGCUUAUUGGAAAGAGACUACCUGUUGAUGUUAAAGGAAUGGUAUCUAGUAUUCUGCAAAUAGUGGUUUCCCCGAUUGCUGCAGGAUUGCUUCUAAAUAGGUUCCUUCCCGGUAUUUCUAAUGGUAUUCGGCCAUUUUUGCCUCCUCUCUCAGUACUCGUAACAGCCUGUUGCGUUGGAGCACCACUCGCUAUUAAUGUCGAGUCUGUUGUAUCCCCUUUUGGAGCAACCAUAUUGGCACUCAUUAUUUCAUUUCAUCUCGUGGCAUUUGUUGCUGGAUAUGUUUUUACUGGUCUUGUGUUUCCUAAAGCACCUGACCUAAAAGCACUUCAAAGAACAAUUUCGUUUGAGACGGGAAUGCAAAGCAGUCUUCUGGCCCUUGCGCUUGCAAAUAAGUUUUUUCAAGAUCCGCUUGUAGCCGUGCCCCCAGCCAUCUCUACUGUAAUGAUGUCUUUGAUGGGGUUCACUCUGGUGAUGAUUUGGAGUAAGAAGAAAGAAGUAUAUUAAAACUUAGCCAGUGAAAACUCAGAAAAUAGAGUAGCUCGUGUCUUUUUAGACUCCGAUACCACUUGUCCCAGCGUUUAAGUCCUUCAAGCCACAAUCCGCGGCUCCCUGUUAAUGCUUGCUGUAGGAGAGUUCUCUCCUGGAGCAUUCCUGUACCGAUCGAACAGCUUGUGAUAGGAUUUUUUUUUUUGCCACAUAUUCUGGAUGAGAUUCGAGGAAAUCAGUUUUACAAUAGAAGUAUUUUUUUUUAGUUGGCAUUUUGUAGCUCCUGAUUUGACAAAAUAAUGGUGAAUGUAUAUACUAUUGAAACAUCAACUUUAUGGCUAUGUUAUGACCAAAAAGACAUAAAUAUUUUGGGA